UCCAACCCGACGGAUCAUUACAUCCUCUCUUGUCCGGCAUUACAGAAAAAGCUACCUCGCCGGAAACAUCCGACAUAUCAAUAAUCAUGUCUCUUAUCGAAGGAGAGCGACCGCGAGUACUGUUGCUGGGUGCUAUUGAGCAUGCUCAUUCGGCAUGGGCCUCUAUCGAGCAGAUUGCUGAUGUAGUCACGCCCAAAUCAACCAACCGAGCCGCCUUUCUUGAGGAGGCAUCCUCUGGGGCAUUCGAUGGCUGCAUUGCGGCUUACCGCACGUUUGAAAGCUUCGACGUGACAGGGAGGGUCGACAGCGAGCUUCUCGGCGCGCUCCCUCGCUCGCUCCGCUUCAUCUGCCACAACGGCGCGGGCUAUGAUCAGGUGGACGUCCAGGCUUGCACGGCACACGGCAUUCGCGUCUCCAAUACGCCCACGUCGGUAGACGACGCGACGGCAGAUAUCGGAAUCUUCCUCCUCCUGGGCGCGCUCCGGAACCUGGCUGUCGGUAUGGCGGCACUCCGUGCUGGAGAGUGGCGAGGCUCCCCCGCGCCCGCUCUGGGGAACGAUCCUCAAGGCAAGGUGCUCGGAAUCCUUGGUAUGGGCGGCAUUGGCCGUAACAUGGCCAAGAAGGCGUUGGCGUUCGGUAUGAAGAUUCGAUACCACAACCGCACAAGGCUAGAACCUAGCGUGGAGAAGGAGCUGGAAGCGGAGUACGUUGAUUUCGACGAGUUGCUGGCAGGAAGCGAUGUUCUGAGCCUGAACCUGCCACUGAAUAAAGAUACCCGACAUAUCAUCUCUCGAGCAGAGUUCGCCAAGAUGAAGAAGGGCAUCGUGAUUGUUAAUACGGCCAGGGGAGCCAUCAUGGAUGAGGCAGCGCUUGUUGAGGCGCUCGACUCGGGACACGUCAGGUCGGCGGGCCUAGAUGUCUACGAGCAGGAGCCCUACGUUCAUCCGGGCCUACUCUCGAACCCCCGUGUCCUUUUGGUUCCGCACAUGGGCACCUGGACAAUCGAAACCGAAACCAAAAUGGAGGAGUGGGCCAUCAGUAAUCUUCGCAUGGCCAUCGAACAGGGGAAGCUGCGAAGCAUCGUCCCAGAGCAGAGGGGCCUGUGGGACUGAGAAGGGGCCGCAAAGAGACUCCGGCUCACCCGCAUGUGGAGACACUCGGAAACCAAAAUACCAUAGCUGGUGGCAUAGGCCGCUCGUUGUCAUCUAUCACGCUGCUCAUUGCUACUGGGCGAGUCGCCACCUGGACGGCCCUGUUUCCUAGUACCUGUCAAAGAACCGGACUUGUCUCGAC